UCUUCAUUCUUUUCUAUCAAAACUGAAAUUAUAGAAAUUACUACUACUAUGUCUAUUACUAUACUUGGGCCGCUUGCCUCCUAGGCUCUGCUUCUCUUUGGCUUCUGCAUCGGACCUGUCGAAGUCCUCUAUCAGUAACAAUCAUCAAUUCAGCUUACUGGCUUAGGCAGAGAGCAAAGAAAGAUGUCUAAUUGGUCUGGGGGGGAAAAAGAGAAAUGAUAUCAUGGGUAUGAAGUAAAAGUAAAAAUCUUAGCUUACAAAAUUUAGUCUUUGAUGAAAGUGCAUUUGGAUCCUGAUUGAUACAUGCAUGUUAGAUGUUCGACAAUAUGUUUGUCUCAGAAUGGUUUUGGCCUUUCUACUGUAGAAAGUUUUAUCUAUUUUUAGGAUGAUUUUGUGAUGCCUCUGAACUGGGAUGAGAAACAUAACAGAAAUGGAGUUUCGGGAUUUCUUCCUUAUUUUUGUGUGAGCUUGCUCACAUUGCCGGUCCCAAGCCCGGAUAAAUGAGGAGGGUUGCGGUAGACUGGUAGCCUACAUAAAACUAGCCAAAUAUUGGCCUGAGAUGAGUUUAUAUGGAGUAACAUGGUCAGUGGGCGCCAACUUAUUUAGGAUUGAGGCAUACUUGUUGUUUGAGUUUUUUUAUUCUUGAGGUUAAUGAGGCUUUCAGCAUUUUUCGGUUACUCAAAACUCAUGGAUAACCAACAGUAUAGCUAUUUGUAUGUGGAUAUUUCAAAUUCUAUUUAGCCACUCUUAUGCUAUAUCCAAAUUGAACUCUAUGCUUGUGCUUUAAUCUUUUUCUGUUUCUAGGGUGGCCAUAUCUCCAAUUGAUGUUUGAGUACUGGAAACAUUACAUGCUUUUCAGGAUGCUAUAGCUCAAUUCAUAACACAUUUGAAUGAUGGACAUGUCAGUCCUUAGUAAGAUUAAGAAAAGUAAGAGUUUGUUGAACCACAAUCAUACCAAGUGAAAACAAAAGGUUGACAAUUGAGGUUACUCUAGUAUAGCUAAUCACUACUAGAUUAGGAUUGAGGCAUAGUAAAGUGGCUCUCAUAUCACCUUCAAAAGGUUGACGGAGAAGGUAAUACUCCUAACUUUUUGUGUAUCGAUGUCCUUAUCGCCCUCUUUUCUAAAAGUAGGCUCCUAACUUUUUGUGCAUCGAUAUCCUUGCCACCCUCUUUCUAAAAGGUAGCAAAAUUUGAGGGAUUCAUUUAUCAACUCAACUCAUACAAGCUAGACAAAGAAAAACAAUGAGGAGGUAAGUGUAACUUUUGGAUUAACUAAAGGAACAACUGAGUGAAAGAACUGGAGGAAGCGAUAAUUAUAAUUAGCUCUUGCUUUUCCCAUUUCCUUGUACACAUCCGUCAUUUCUGCUUUCCUAAGUUUGUACUGGUCCACGUUGAAGCCUCUGCUUUACAAUUCCAUAAGAACCUAUUUCAUCACUCCUCCACUUUUGCAGGAACUCACUUAUCUCUGUAUCAUAUAUGAAUGUAAAAGAUAUGCAGAUGCAUACAUGAAUGUUUUUAACAAGAGAAAUUGGUGAAGUCCGGUCUUGUCAUCUUGGAAAAGUUUUGGCUUUGAUGAAUUUACAGAGCAAAAAUCAAAUUCCCUAUACGGAAAGUGUUUCAGAGAGGAAGAUUGUGCUCCUCUUCUGUAGGAAGAUUUACCUUGCGUUUGGGAAACUUAUCUCUUCAAUGAUACUUUGAGCUGGGGCUUUUUUGAGCAAGUCCUUCUCCUAGACGAGCUAAAGUAGCAAGCCAGUAACCAAAUUACUGGUGCUUCAGAGAAAUCAAAUUUUGGAUAGGCUAUCAGUAAGUCAAGAAAUAAGAGUUUGUUGUCUCAAGAAAGAUGAGACUGCUUUCACAUCACUUUAGCUCCAAGGAUCUAUUGUAUAUGGUCAUGUGCUCUUCUACUUGGCUGUCAAAGGCCCAGCCACUGUCUGCCUUGUGCAAUUUUAAAUGCCAUUAUCGUGAACAACAGCCAGAGCAAGGUAGAAAACAAAAUCAAGCAGGUGAAGAAAAAAAACAGAACAAGAAACAGGGACCUUCUAUUGGCUCUCCAGCUCGUAUCCAGAAGCUUAUUGCUUCCCAAUCAGAUCCACUCCUUGCUAAAGAAAUAUUUGAUUUAGCCUCUCGAGAACCCAAUUUUCAGCACUCAUAUGCCACUUUCCACACUCUCAUCCUCAAGCUUGGCCGUUCCCACCAGUUCUCUCUCAUGCAGUCCGUCCUCUCUCUCCUUAAGUCACAGCAAUAUUCCGUCUCCCCAUCUCUUUUUUCACACAUCAUCCAAAUCUAUGGUGAUGCUGGCUUACCUGACAAAGCCCUUAAAACUUUCUAUACUAUCCUGGAAUUCAAUAUGAAGCCCCUUCCUAAACAUCUCAACCUCAUUCUUGAAAUACUCGUUUCUCACCGAAACUUUCUUCGCCCUGCAUUUGAUCUCUUCAAAUCUGCACAUAAAUAUGGAGUUUUGGCCAACACCACGUCUUACAACAUUCUAAUGCGGGCGUUCUGUUUGAAUGAUGAUUUAAGUAUUGCCUACUCGCUGUUUAAUCAAAUGUUCAAGAGGGACAUUGCUCCUGAUGUAGAGUCAUAUAGGAUUCUGAUGCAGGGUUUGUGCCGAAAAAGUCAGGUGAAUAAAGCUGUUGACUUGCUGGAGGACAUGCUGAAUAAAGGGUUUGUUCCUGAUGCUUUAAGUUACAGCACUCUAUUGAAUAGCUUGUGUCGGAAGAAGAAACUUAAGGAAGCUUACAAGAUUCUUUGCAGAAUGAAAGUAAAGGGUUGCAAUCCAGAUAUUGUACAUUACAAUACAGUUAUUCUGGGGUUCUGUCGAGAAGGUCGCGCUGCUGAUGCCUGCAAGGUCCUUGAGGACAUGCCAUCAAAUGGGUGUCUUCCCAAUUUGGUCUCUUAUCGGACAUUAGUGGGGGGGCUAAGCGAUCAGGGAAUGUAUGAUGAGGCUAAGGAUUACAUGGUGGAAAUGAUGUCAAAAGGCUUCUCUCCACAUUUUUCUGUGGUUCAUGCGGUGGCGAAAGGUUUCUGUAAUGUAGGUAAACUUGAGGAAGCUUGUGGAGUAGUGAGGGAUAUUUUGAGCCACGGCGAAGCCUUACAUACAUCUACAUGGGGAGAAAUUGUAUCCCGGAUCUCUGAAUGGGAUGGUGCUGAAAUUGGGAAUAUCUUGGAGGAAAUUAUUAGAGCUGAGAUAAAACCUGAAACAAGAAUAGUGGAGGUUGGUUCUAGAUUGGGUGAAUACUUGAUGAACAGAAUAAAAAGUAAAUCAAGAAAGGGGUGAUCAUUUCACAGGACAAGUAUUGCUCCUGCUCAAACCUGAUAUAUACAUGUAAAGGAUGUUUACCUUGGAAGAUAGCAAAUGCACAUGAAACCUGGUAGUGUUUAUACAACUGCCCAAAGGAAUCGGGUUAAUUUAGAAUUAUCUUGCUAACUUUUCUGGUCAGUUAAUUGACAUAAUGAUUUUACUAGCACUGUGCAUGUUUGGCUUAAAGUGACAUACUUCAUUCAUGGCCCAUGGUUUCUCUAUCCAAUUCGUGAGGAAGCUGUUGAUUUUUUAAGCACUGGUAUAAGGAAACCUUUGAACCGAUUGUAAGUUCAUUGUUAGAGAUACAGAGAAUGAGAUGCACCUGGGGAGAUCGUUGUGAUUUGCAUAGACAUAAACAUCUGGAAAGUCCGCGACCGAUAUUAUAUUUGUUGCUCUUUUAGUGCUUGUAAUCACCUUUUAGCCGUUUCUAGUGUCGGAACUAGGAAUUUGUAUAAUAAGUUAAGAUUUGAACGUGUGACCUAAAACAAUUUAGAAACCCCUUUAUCAUUGUACUAAAUCUCCCUUUACAUCAAGGGGAAUCAAUAGUUUAUACAUUAUGCAUAUAUUAUCAAGGAAAAAAU